AACCGCGCUACACUGAAAACAGGAAACGGCGCUAAGUUCAAUUUAUCUGUCUCUCAUCAUCUUUAUACCUGUGUUUCAUUACAUAAACCGACUUACGCGCAAAUCAGCAUUCUGGUUUAAAUAACAAAAUUAUUGGUUACACAUGUGGGCUACCCCUCUGUAAGCUAAUUGAUGAGCAUAUAAUUUCAUAACUUUAUUGGUAACACUUUACAAAAUGUAUUUGUUAUUUGUUAUGUAUCGCAGCAGUAACGUUAGAUACAGAUUCACAGGCUGUGAGUCAGAGGUGGUUUGUAUCGUAUGAUAUCAUAGCUUCAGUAGGCGAGGUUCUUCUUCCUCUCUCUCUCUCUCUCUCUCUCUCUCUCUCUCUCUCUCUCUCUCUCUCUCACUCACUCUCUCUUUUCUUCACUUUACCGCACUGUGUUCUGUAGUUCUGCAGCCACGUCGCAGAUAGAGACAGCAUCGCCCUUACAAACCUCCUUCUCUUCAACUGCAGCCGUCCAACUGAACCAAAAAACAAGUUUAUCUCCUCGUACAGUUCGUCAGACAUUGUGCUCGCACAUUUUUAUUUUAAAAAUAGUUACUCUUCACGGAUAAGUUGAGAGUAGAGAGAGUACAGUCUCGUCUGUGGUCAUGGAACCAGAGGAUGUACAUUUCAGGUCAGCAGAACAUUUGAUAGGUGAGGAAGAGAACGAGAAAGCAGCAUUCGAGAGGAAGGAGGAUGGGGAGGAGCACCGUAAAUCAGGGAGAGCACCGCUGUCCCGCAUCCCUACCUUUCAAAGUUCCGUGGGCCGCAAGCGAGUCACCGUCCAGACAGCUGAGUCAUCACCGAAGACGGAUGGAUCUAUCCGGCCAGGCCAGAAAGAGGAAGCUGGCUCUACAGAGGUUGGAAGAGUGAAAAUGUUAGGAUCUGGAGGUAGAGAAACAGGCCUGCCCAUCCCAUCAGCUCGUUUACACACAAGCCUCGCUGAUGUUCUCCCUCAAGGUGAUAUCUCGGGUCACGCCUCCUCUGUUUUAGCUCCGAAGGUGAAUGAAGGUCUUGAUCAAACGCAUGAGAUUACAGAAGACUCUGAUCAGGUUGAUAUGUCACUGAAACGACCCCCACUCAGGAAUAUCUAUGAGACCUCUGAUCUUGUCUUAGAGCCUGUUUCUGAAUUUGAAACCGCGAGCGGAGAAAUCAUCCCAGAAGAUGAGCAGGAUGCCGUCGUAGAGGAUCUGAGCUCAUGCCCUUCUGUUGAUCAGCGUGAAGCAUCUGAUCAAGCUUGUGAAGAAGAUACUUUGAGGGAGGACUUUGAAAAAGGAGGUGUAUCCCAGUCACACUGGACAGGAGAAAAUAGCAUAACAGCGAAUGAUGUAGAAUGUGUGGAACGUGUUCCAGAUGAGGAUGAUGGAUCCAUACUUAGUGGUAAAGAUGAAACUGCUAAGAUCCAGGAACCUCCAGAAAGUAAAAAAGGCUUUAAAAAAACACCACAGGGAAGCCAAACUGCAGAUACUUCACUCCCAAAACACACCAAGACCAAACCGUGUACAGCCUCCAAGCAGGCAAAAGGAAGGAGCUUUUCCCUUUUCUGUCUCCUGCCCACCAUUCUCCUCCUUUUGGGUGGAUUUGCAUCGCACGUCUGGCAGUAUGGAGUCCCUAAAUCUGUGUCACACCUGAUGUCACAACUGGAGCUGCACUGGUUGGAAAGUUUCUGGAUGCCUCAAGAGACAUGCAUAUCUGACUGCAAGCUUACUCUUGUUGAGAGUGUCCCUGAGGGCCUCCGCUUCCCUUCCGGCUCGCCACACCUGCCGAGCAUUUCAGACACUUGGAUUAAUCUGCUAAACAAAGCAAACCGCUCUGUCCACAUUGGUGCUUUCUAUUUCACUCUACGUGAUUCAGACCUAGGCCUUACAGAGCCCUCGUCAGUUCUGGGCAAAAAAGUGUUCGAACGACUAAAGAAGCUGGAACCAAAUGGAGUGAAGUUGAAGAUUGCUGUAAACGCCCCUCAGUCAUACAUUGCAGACACAGACGAACUGGUGGCAACAGGGGCUGAGGUCAGGGGAGUUGACCUGCAAGGCAUCACUGGAGGCAUUUUGCACACCAAACUAUGGGUUGUGGAUAAGAAACACAUGUAUUUAGGCAGCGCAAACAUGGAUUGGCGUUCCCUUACCCAGGUGAAAGAGGUUGGCGUGUCUGUGGAAGACUGCAGCUGUCUGGCACAGGACGCCUCACGGAUAUUUGACAUGUACUGGGACAUUGGAGCUCAGAAGAAUGGAUCUCUACCUCCUUUCUGGCCGGGCCGUUUCUCCGCCCUCUCCAGUUCUAAGUACCCAUUAGCUGUUAAAUUCAACGGUGUCCCUGCACGUGUCUAUUUGUCUAGUUCUCCUCCUCCUUUAUCAUCACAUGGCCGUUCUGACGAUCUCUCAAGCAUCCUGUCAGUAAUCGCUGAUGCUGAGCGGUUCAUCUAUGUGUCUGUGAUGGAUUACCUUCCCAUGUCACAGUUCGCGGAGCCCAUUCGGUUUUGGCCUGUCAUCGACUCGGCCCUCCGGGAGGCAGCUUGUAUGAGAGGUGUCGAGGUGAAGCUGCUGGUCAGUUGUUGGAGUCAUUCUCCUGGUGCCAUGUUUGUUUUCCUCCAGUCUUUAUCGGUCCUCAACAACCCCCCUCUGAGCUGCAACAUUCAUGCUAAAGUUUUUGAGGUGCCCUCGACCCGAGAGCAGCAGAGGAUCCCGUUUGCACGUGUCAACCAUGCCAAGUACAUGGUGACUGAUCGAGUUGUUUACAUUGGAACUUCCAACUGGUCUGAGAAUUACUUCACCCAGACGGCAGGGGUUGGGCUUGUCGUGAAUCAGACAGGUUCUGCAGUAGGGCAGGGCCAGCAAACCAUUCAGAGCCAGAUGCAAGAUGUUUUCCAGAGGGAUUGGCAUUCAGAAUACGCUCAAAACCUCACUGAUGUUCACGCGGAGCACUGCAGCGGAAAAAAGCUUACAUAAUAAACCACGCUCUUUAUUUGUUGCUAUGCACUAUGAUUCAACAAAACAAAACAACAGAAACCAAAAACCCAUCCAUGUGGCAUUCCUGCCUACUGAUAACUUAUUUAUGAUCUAUGUAUUUGCCAGAAGGAUGCUGUGCAUUUUUAAUGUUCGUUAUAAAUGCGGCAUAUAUUAAUUCUUUUUUUUUUUAAGUGCAUUUAUUGUAUAUUUGCAUUAUGUGACAUUUGCCAGAAUAAGGACAAGAUCCUUGAGCAAGCACUGAUUUUUUAUGUUGAACUGGUUAAACAUGCAUGUAAAUGAAAUAUUGUUGUAAUAGGUGCCUUGGCUGUAAUGACAGUAAAAUUUGUCUUCAAAUUAAACUGCCUUUUCAGUAAGAAAA